AUGAAUUUGCAAAUAUGCACAUUAAUCGCCAUGCUUGAGGCUUAUUCAGACUUGGGAAUUCUCGAAAAAAUGGAGAAGAUGUAUGCCAAGGUUUUGAAUGCAAACGUCUACAUUAAAGAUUAUCUUAUCAGAAAAAUGGCGAAUGUGUACAUUCAGCAUUGUAGAUUUCCUCGGUUAGACGAAUUUGGGAAUGAAAUAGGAUCGAAAAAUGGCAGAACUGAACUGGUUUGGUGCAUCCUUCUCCUUUCUGCGGUCGGACUUUCAAGCAAAAGGGGCAUAAAUUCAAUCAAACAAGAAAUGGUGAGAGGGAAGAUGAGGGAUUUCAAGGCUUUGAAUGCUGUUUUCUCUGAAGCUAUGAAACAAAGAGUUGAACCUGAUAUAAUAAUGGUUGGUAUCCUCUUUGAUGCAUGUUCUGUUGGGUAUAAUUGUAAAUAUGUGUUAGAAAAAUGGAGAAGCUAUGGUUGGCUUGAAGAAACAGCAGAAAUGAGGACUGAUCCUCUGGUUAUGUCUGCUUUUGGGAAGGGGAGUUUCAUAUUGAAGUGUGAGGAGGUUUACACCUCUCUUGGAUCUAAAGCUAAGGAGAAAAAAAUAUGGAAAUAUGAUGAUCUAAUUAAAUUGUUUUUUGUGUGA